AUGAUCCCAGUGUCCCUGCUGGUGUUCGUGAUGGCAGGCUGGUGUGCUGUCUACCUGGCCGACACGCUGCUCAGGUCCUCGGUCACACACCGGAUCAGCUACGAGUCGUGGCUCGCCAGUCGAGGGUUGAUGUUGUCGCCUUUCCACGUGCGAUGGCAGACCACCAUGUUCAACCGGCUGUUCGCUUACUGCGCCCGCAUCAACCCGCGGGCCCUCUACCUCUGGUUCAACAGCGGUCUUGUGUUUGGCAUCGCUGCCAUGCUGGGCUCCGUGGUGCUGCUGGUAAAGACGCUGCAGCAGACGUAUGCUCAGAUGACCACCGACAACCCUCGGAUAGGAGGUCAGCAGACCCUGCAGGUUGUGGUCCCGGGUGUGAACCUGCCCACCAGUCAGCUGGCCUACUUUUUCACCGCUCUGCUGCUCAGCGGAGUCAUACAUGAGCUGGGACACGCUGUGGCAGCGCUCAGGGAGUCGGUGAGGGUCAACGGUUUCGGCAUGUUCGUCUUCGUCGUGUAUCCCGGUGCGUUCGUGGACCUCUUCACCACGCACCUCAACCUCAUCUCCCCGACCCAGCAGCUCCGGAUCUUCUGUGCAGGAGUUUGGCACAACUUUGUCCUGUGCGUGGCGGCGCUGGCCUUCCUCUUCCUGCUGCCGGUCCUCCUGUUCCCCGUGUACACCACCGGAGUCGGAGCGCUGGUCACCGAGGUGGUGCAGGGCUCUGCAGCUGAAGGGCCCAGGGGUCUGUCGGUGGGGGACAUCGUGACGGCGCUGGAGGACUGUCCCGUAAGGGGAGUGGAGGACUGGACCAGCUGCCUGUCUCACCUCUCCCACACUCCGCAGACGGGAUACUGCGUCCCGCUCGCCGGCCUGCAGCCCAGCUGGGCUCACGGCAGACCUUUCAAGCGUCUGGACGGAACGAUGGACUGCUGCAGCAACAACAGCCUGACGGACCUCUGCUUCUCCUACGUCAAACCGCAGGGCAGGAGCGGCCGGGAGAGAGAGUUCGCCUGCAUGCCGGUGAGGAAGAUGGUGACGGGCACGGCGACGUGCCGCUCCGACGACGACUGCGCCGCACACCUGGCCGCCGCCAGCGUUUGCGUCACGCCGUCGCUGGAGAACCAGACGCGCUUCAUCCGCGUCGCGCACCCUCCCAGCCCGCACAUGCUCUUCGUGGGCUACCCGCCACACCUGCAGUACGCUGCGAGUCUGACCAACUUUGUGCCCCGCUUCGGGUUUCUCCACCUGGACCUGCCCAUCUUCUUGGAGACCUUCCUGAAAUACGUGGUGUCCCUCUCCGGCGCCUUGGCCGUGGUCAACUCCGUGCCCUGCUUCGCCCUGGACGGCCAGUGGAUGCUGAACGCCCUGCUGGAGGUCACGCUGGUCGCCGUGGUGACGGACCGGCAGAGGCGCGAGCUCGUGGGCUUCUUCCUGCUGCUGGCGGGCAGCGCCCUGCUGGCGGCCAACGUGGCGCUCGGCCUGUGGAUGGUGACGGCGCGGUAGCCGCGGAGUCGGUGGGGGAAGACCGGCGAACUGUGAAGCCGCAGGGAACAGGCUGCUACUUUCUACUGACUCGAUUGUUUCUUCCCCUCAGCCUUUUAACCGUUGGGACCAAAUGAAGACGAACCAACUCCGUAUGCGUGAAGCCACUGCCUGCGACGUCCUCUAAAACAAAUCGGCGUUUUAAAAAUUUGUGAUGUGUUUGAAUCUGGAUUUAAAAAAAAAAAAAAAAAACUGCAGAACAGGAGAAUCAUGAUGUUUUUGGAACGUUUUAAAGCUUCUGCGUCUGAAUAUCAUGUAAAGUAUCAGCGGGGAACAAAUUGCACUACCGAUUAUUACUUCUGUAAGAAAAGCUUUGGGUGAUCCGGGCUGAGCGGACCUCCGUCUGUCUCAGCGCGUAAACGAGAGUGUUGUACAGAUGUGUUGGGUCAAAUCAGGUGUCUUAUCUCCUUCAGGCAUUAAUGCAGGAAAAAAAAGCCUUCUGUGUUUACUGUGUUCUGGCGUUUCCUCAAGUUUCUCAGUCCGACCUCUCACUGUUGGCAGUCCGGUUGUAAACGUUUGUGUCAAGAAUGUGAAGUAAAACGUUGUUUUUUUUAA